CGUUCAGAGUCUCGCGCUCUCGCUCGCGCUGUUCUGGAUUACCUUGGAAACGGAUUAUUUACCUGAUGUGCAAUAUGACCUAUGAGGAGUUUUGUGGAGAAAACGCUACAGAAAGAAUGGACUCUGUGGCAAAGGCGCUGGAAGAAGUCCUGACCGCUUCAUUACCUCAGGGCUGCAUCACUGUGGGAGUCUACGAGGCUGCAAAGUCACUCAACGUAGAUCCAGAUAACGUGGUCUUGUGUCUGCUGGCGACGGAUGAGGAGGACGUCCAGGACGUCGCCCUGCAGAUCCACUUCACGCUUAUCCAGGCGUUCUGCUGUGAAAACGACAUCAAUAUCCUGCGUGUGAACAACAUGAGAAGGUUGGCAGAGAUCCUGGAGGGUGUCAGACCUAUCGGGGGAGAGCCCAUAGACUUGCACUGCAUCCUUGUCACGAAACCUCAGUCGUCUGCAUGCAAAGAUCCAGCGCUGAGCAAACUGAAUUGUUUCUGCAGAGACAGUCGCUGCCUGGACCAGUGGGUGCCCGUCAUUAACCUCCCAGAGCGAUGAGACCCGACAAACACGCCUCGUCACGGAACUACUGCACUGUAUUUGUGUACCUGCCUCGGCCGAUUCCCCGGAACGUCUUUACGCUGCCACGAGAAGAAUGACAAGAGGGGAAGACUCGCAAGGAACAAGGAAAUAAAUCCACCUGCCACGAGGACCAAGAGCAUGGGGAUUUUAUUACAGAGCGAGACAUGAACAGGAAGCAUGACUCAGCAGGAGGAAUAAUAAAUGCCAGCUCUAGUUUUACUGGAAACCCAAAU